AUUUCACAUGAACCAAUAUGGAUUCCUGUGUUUUUUUUGUGAGCCCAAGUCUAUAAAUAAGCCCUCACCCGCCUAUGGAGUUUGAAGGGUUUAAACAGCUGAGGACAAACACAUCAGUGCAUUCUAGCUCCAACCCAUCUUAGCCGGCUUCUUCUUUCUGUGGCAGGGGCUUUGAAUGAGCCACCGCUCUGCUCUGGAGAGGUGACCGGGACACUUGCUAAUCCACCCGCCAUCACAAACAUAGACUCGCUAAAGAUGGCUCUACCCGUAAACCCCACAGAAGAGCCACGGAUAUACCACCAGACCCUGCUUCAGGAUGGGCUCUGCGACCUGCUGGAGAACAUGAAGUUUGUGGACUGUAUCCUGAAAGUAAAGGACAAGGAGCUUCCGUGCCACAGGCUGGUGCUGGCAGCCUGCAGCCCGUUCUUUAAGAUUAUGUUCCAGUCGGACUCGGAGGAUUGCAAGAAGAGGGAGGUCGUCCUCGAGGACGUCGAGCCCGGUGUCAUGUCGACGGUGUUGCGGUAUAUUUACACCUCAGACAUCAACCUGACGGAGAACAAUGUCCAGGAAAUAUUCAUGGCAGCCAACAUGUUCCAGAUCCCUUCCCUCUUCACCGUGUGCGUCUCCUUCCUCUGUGACCGGCUCGGCUUGGCGAACUGCCUGGCCAUCUUCCGGCUGGGACUGCUGCUGGACUGUCGCGACCUGGCCGUGGCCGCCCGGGACUACAUCUGCGAGCACUACCAGGUGCUGGUGCGGGAUCAGGACUACCAUCAUCUGGGCCCCAGCGAGCUGGCCGCCAUCAUCACCUCAGACACCCUCAACGUGGAGAGCGAGGAGGUGGUGUUCGAGUCGGUGCUCAGGUGGGUCGCCCAUGACGAGGGCGAGCGUCUGAAGGACCUCCCGGACCUCCUGGAGUGUGUCCGCUUCCGGCUCAUGGACGCAAACUACUUCACCGACAAGGUGGAGAAGCACAAGUGGAUCGAAUCCAACCAGGAGAUCCAGACCAAGCUGCAGCUGGUCAGGGAUGCCCGCGAGGGGAAGCUUCCAGAAAGAAAAGGGGGCAAGGGCAAGAAGUCUGAAGGCAAGGGGAAGGGUGGUAUGCUUCCAGGAAUCCUCAAUAAUAAUCCCCGAUUCGGCACGUUCCUCAAAGACUUGAUGCUCCUGAUCAGUGAAACGGGGACGGUGGCCUACGACCCUGUAGAAAACGAAUGUUACAUGGCGUCUGAAUCCACCCAAAUUCCCAAGAACCACUGCAGUCUGGUCACCAAGGAGAACCAGGUAUUUGUGGCUGGAGGGCUUUUCUACAGUGAGGAGGACAAGGAUGAACCCCUCAACUCCUACUUCUUACAGUUUGAUCCCAUUAACUCCGACUGGCUGGGAAUGCCCUCUCUUCCAACACCACGCUGCCUCUUCGGGAUGGCCGAGGCGGAAAACUCCAUCUUUGUGGUGGGGGGGAAAGAGCUGAAAGAAGGGGAGCAUGUCUUGGACUCCGUGAUGAUCUACGACAGACACUCUUUCAAAUGGGGGGAGUCGGACCCUCUGCCUUACGCAGUGUAUGGCCACGGGACCGUGUCACAUAAUGGCCUUGUCUACGUAAUCGGAGGAAAAGGAGGGAGCAAAAAAUGCUUGAGGAGGGUGUGUGUCUACAACCCUAAGAAGUUUGAGUGGAAGGACUUGGCACCACUGAAGACGGCCAGGUCUCUCUUCGGAGUCACGGCCCAUAAGGACAAGAUCUACGUGGCAGCGGGAGUCACGGACACAGGCCUCACCAGCACUAUGGAAGUCUACGACAUUGUCAACAACACGUGGUCGGAGUUCGUAGCGUUUCCCCAGGAGCGUAGCUCCCUCAGCCUGGUCUCCAUGGGCGGGUCGCUGUACGCCGUGGGCGGGUUCGCCACGGUUCCCAGCGAGGACAGCGACGAGCUGGUGCCCACCGAGAUGAAAGACAUCUGGAAAUUUGACGAGGAGGAAAACAGCUGGAACGGCAUUCUGAGAGAGAUCAGCUACGCAUCCGGCUCCACCAUCGUGGCUCUGCGUCUCAACACCCUGCGGCUCUCCAAGCUCUAACCGCCCGCCCUCCGCCCCCGGAGAACGAGGGUACACGGGCUCCAAGAGGCUCCAUGAGGCUAUCCUGAAAGGCCCUAAUCGCCCCCCCCGCCCCCAACCAUUUAUCACAAAGAAUGAUUCCAACAUGACGUCUUCGCCAUCAGAGUCCCCGCACUGGAAGGCUCUAGAAUCGAAGAACACAUUGCAUAGUAAUACUAGUAAUUUCAGUGGUACUAGUGUCAGAGGCGAGGAUCCCCAAUGCUUUUCCUGCUGUGCCCAAAGUUAAAUUAACUUUGAAAAAACUUUGGUGUGAUUUCAAGAAAUGUACCAUUGCUGUGAUGCAUCACUUUUUUUUAGUACAGGUGGUUACUGAAGACGUUUUUGUGAUUUAGUUUUUUUUUUAAUUCGAGGCUGGAGGGAGCAGAACAGAUACAGGGGUGUGUGUGUGUGAUCGGACACUGGAGCAAAGAACACUAGGAUGUUUGUGAAUUUUGUAAGGUAAAUGACCACAUAAAUAUUAAUAAUUUGUAUGAAAUUUUUCUCAAUAAAGAAGAAAGAAA